AGUUUCACUUCUUGGACACUGAUGACAAAGUCCCGCUUCUAAAUCCCAUCCGGUGUCGGAUUCCUACAGAAGCCGAUGAGCGUCUCACAGUCACCGGGUGUGAAGUUCACGCAGAUCCAGUGGAGCCAGACUGGUCCAAAAUCUCUACAAUGGGGGCUACAGCUCCCCGCGCUCUCCUGCUGCUCACAGCGGUCCUGGCCCUGACCCAGACCGGCGCGGGCUCGCACUCGCUGCGCUAUUUCCGUACUGCCGUGUCCCGGCCCGGCCUCGGGGAGCCCCGGUUCAUCUCCGUCGGCUACGUGGACGACACGCAGUUCGUGCGCUUCGACAGCGACGCGGAGAAUCCGAGGAUGGAGCCGCGCGCGCCGUGGGUGGAGCAGGAGGGGCCGGAGUACUGGGAGCGGAACACGCAGAGAGUCAAGAUCAGCGCGCAAACUUAUAGUAAGAACCUGCGGAUCCUGCGCGGCUACUACAACCAGAGCGAGGACGGUUCUCACACCCUCCAGAGGAUGUCUGGCUGUGAUGUGGAUUCCCACGGACGCCUCCUCCGCGGGUACUGGCAGUCCGCCUACGACGGCAAAGAUUACAUCGCCCUGAACGAGGACCUGCGCUCCUGGACCGCGGCGGACAUGGCGGCUCAGAUCUCCAGGCGCAAGUGGCAGCAGGCUGGUGUGGCAGAGGAAAAGAGGGCCUACCUGGAGGGGGAGUGCGUGGAGUGGCUACUCAGACACCUGGAGAACGGGAAGGAGACUUUGCAGAGGACAGAUCCCCCAAAGACACAUGUGACCCAUCACCCCAGACCUGAAGGGGCCAUCACUCUGAGGUGCUGGGCCCUGGACUUCUACCCUGCUGACAUCACCCUGACCUGGCAGUCGGAUGGGGAGGACCUGACCCAGGACAUGGAGCUUGUGGAGACCAGACCUGCAGGGGAUGGAAACUUCCAGAAGUGGGCAGCUGUGGUGGUGCCUUCUGGAGAGGAGCAGAGAUACACAUGCCAUGUGCAGCAUGAGGGGCUGCCUGAGCCCCUCACCCUGAGAUGGGAGCCUCCUAAGCCCACCAUCCCCAUCUUGGCAAUUGUGGUUGGCCUGGUUCUCCUUGGAGCUGUGAUCAUUGGAGCUGUGGUGGCUGUUGUGAUGAUGAGGAGGAGGAACACAGGUAGAAAACAUGGCUCCUAUGCUGAGACUGCCUGCAAAUAUGAAAGUGACAGUGACCAGAGCUCUGAUGCAUCUCUCAAAGCUUAAGAGGUUUGACAGAAAUGGGAUGCGUUUUGUCCGUCACUGUCCCCACAGGCCCGGGGCAGCCUCCACCGGCAGGAAGCUCCUAUGUCAGGAGAUGAGUUUCCAGCUCUUGUCUUCCUCCAGGACUGGUUCCUGGUUUGUAGUUUCUUUAUAAUUAAAAGAAUGUGGUAAAAGAUUUUCUUAAUGUAAAUAUAGUCACAAUUAGUAUAGACUAAUCAGUAUAUUUUGAUAAUUUUCCAUGUAUGGCAAAAGUUAAAAUUAACAAACUGAUAUUCUCAUAUGAAACUCAAAGUUUUGAGAGUCAGUGCAGGAAAAUGGGAAGUUUUUAGACUUUCUUAAAAGACUUUGUUAAAAUUUCAGGACACAUUUUUCUUGACAUCAUUGUUUUACCUAAUAUUUCACUCUUUGAUAAUAAUGCUUUAGAAAAUGUGUGUAAUCAAAAUCAGUAGGUGUAACCUCUGUCAAACAGACAAUUUAUGUGUUAAAACUUGAUGUAUGCCUGGUCUGACUCAGACUCGUGGAUCAUGUGUUAAAUUCUCGUUGUCUCCCUUUUCUUGUUCAUUUAUAGCUAAAGUGACUUUGUUAUUAAAGUAUGUGCAAACAU